AUGAAGAAAUCUGACAUCGACGACCGCGGCUUCGAGCAGCUCGACGUCGGUUCCUCUUCCCCUUCGUCCCCAGAUCCAACAACAGCACCAUUCUUCCCGAAACUGAAAGACCUAGACCUCGAAGAGACGCGCGUGAACCGCGACGUCCUCCUCGAAGCCUUCGCCAAAUCCAAUCCGGCCAAGACGCUCGAUUUCGAGCUUGCGUCUAUAGCGGGUGCGCCUCCUGCCCAGGACGAAGGCGUGAUCAAGGUGAUGGUGGGGAAGAGGGUGAUUAGGGAAGCGUGGGAGAUCGAGGCGGAUAGGAGGGCGAGGAUGAGGAGUCAGAGGAGCGCGGGGAAUUUGAGGGCCAGUGCGGCGGAACAGGACGCGGACGUGCCACCGCUGCCUCUUCAAGCCAGUGCGAAAGGAGGAAGGGUUCCGCCACCAGUGGCGAAGGUUGCGCCGGUGAAGGAGCAGUGGGAGAUAGAGGCGGAGAUGGGAUUGUUGACGGAGGGAGGGAAGAGGAGGGCUAGGGCCCUCGCGGCUGCGACUAUAGAAGAGCACGAACACGAUGAAGGGCAACGAAUAGCGCUCAGCCACGCGAGCGCUAAGAACGCACUGGCGAAGUAUUACGACGAUCGACUCAAGACGCUCACACUUCCUCCCGUCUCACCGCCCUCUCGGGCACACGGCCGUGGAUUCUCGCUAGCCGCUCCUUUCAAUAAUAAGAGGCAGGGGAGCGGGGAGGAUCUGGGCGUGCCGGUGGCUUUGGCGCCGUUGUAUUUGAUCGUGAAGCAGGGUUGGUGGGAGGCGUUGAGGGUGUUGGAGUUGAAGGGGCGGAGGGCGGAUCCGUGUUUUGUCUUGCCUGACCUGGGAGAGACGGGGAGUGUCGUGUUUCGGAGGGUGGAGGAGUUGGUUUUGGAUGGGUGUGGGUUGAGUGAUGAGGUGAAUGUCGGGGUUCAUCGAGACGGGACGGACGAGGGGGCAGAAGAGAAGAGGACGAAGACGCCUGUUCUGGAGAUCAUUGCGAAGAUAUUUCCGAACCUAAGGACUCUCGAUCUAUCGAAUAAUAACCUCACAGCCGGCGCACUUUCCAAAGCCCUCCUCUCCGGCAUUCUGCUCUCCACUUCAAGUUCGGAUUCUGGUUCUGAGGACGUUGGGAGAGCGGGACUACGUUGUCUCAGGUUGAGAUUGAACAGGAUAGAGGCGUUGGAUGGGUUCGUCGAGCUUGUGAAGGACGUCCUUGGGGAUGGUGCUGCGACGGAGAGGGAGAGGUGGAAGCUGGAGGAGUUGGAUGUGCGCGAUAAUUCGAUUGGGAAGCUACCGGGCGAGUUGGGGUUGAUGCCGUUGGACGCAUUCUUGGUAGAGGGUAAUGUGUUCCGCGUACCAAACAGGAGAGUCUGGGAGAGAGAAGGCAGUAAAGGGCUCUUAGCGUGGUUGAGGAGUAGUAUUGCGCAGUGA